CCAACCCCUACUGCUCCGUACCUAUGAAAUAAUUCCGUUCCCGCCCAGGACACCGACCUGAUCGGCUUCGUCUCAAACAUAAACCAAACCUCACACACUACCCAGAACAGAAAAAAAUCUCUUGCUUGGUGAAUUCUGCAGCUCUCCGCUUUCAGCUCCCACAUCCCGCCCACCCCAGCUCCUCUAAAGUGAAGCUGAACCGGGCUCUGAGGGCACGCGGUAAUGCAGCCUGUAUCGUCAGCGUCCUAGACGGCAGGCACGUCACCGCAUUGUCAGGGGGCUAGCGACCGAAAAAAGAGCGACGAACCAAACGCACCGCAAAAGGUACACCGAGGCCAGGCGAGGCAAGGCUGGGCCAGAGCCAGAGCCAGCACCCAGAACGAGCCAGGCACGGACUGAGCUGAUCCGACGACCCCGCGAGACUGGUCGUGUCGUCACGAACGUCUUCAGCUCUUGACAUUUGGCACCAUGGGUCAGUGGUGGGAUGCCGGCAGGAUCGACGCUACUGUCACGAGGCAGUUCGUCUGUCAGUACCUGCUGCCCGAGGAAAUCGAGCGCUUAGACAGACCACUGGCAUUUGGCGACGGCUUGACGGACGAGACGUAUUGGGAUUGGAUCAACAACAAAGCCAAGCGUAUCUUCUUGAUCCUCGUCGACCUCAAGAUCCCAGACCAGAUAUUCGGCAUUAUCGACGACUCCUGGGACGACCACGAUCUGCCCAUCUCUUCCGAACACGUCGAGCGCCUCAGGCUGACCGCCGUAAGGGACGACAAGAUCGAACGCAAGUUCUUCGUUCGCCAGUUCACCUACUUGCUCAGGCCCUUCCAACGAGGCGACCAGGUCGCUUUCAACGACCACGAGCUCGUUCCUCUCGAUGUUGUCGAGCGUCGCCCGGCCGGCAACAACGCAGUCGACAAGGUCGUCCUUCCCAACUGUCCUGGUUUGGUUUUCUACCGCCGCCGCAUCCCUUUGGGUACCGGCGUCGGCCAGCUUUCCAGAAACGAGUUUGUUGAGAUACUCAAUAGCAUUGGGUGCAUCCAGAAUGACCAUUUGGUCUCGUAUUACGCCUCGUACACCCAAGGCGGGGCGGCAUACGUCCUCUUCACACCUGGUACCGACUCCAACCUGAAGUCCUUCUUCGGCAACAACCCGUCCAACUUCAAGAACCUGGCCAAGAGAGAGAGAAGACGCACCGUCAUGAACUGGAUUCUGUGUCUUGCCGAUACCCUCGCGUACCUCCACAGCCGGAGGCUUUGCCAUGGUAACAUCAAGCCGUCGACGAUCCUCUUCACGAGCCAGCUCCACAUCUUCUACUCCGACUUUACGAGACUAAACGCUGAGGUGCUCGCCGGCUAUACGGACAAGAAUUCGUUCGACCGGGAGUCGUAUGACUACGCAGCGCCCGAGCAGUGGUUUCGCCCCACGGGCGGCCCGACGAGCCCCUUGGGCCGUGGGGCGGCGACGGCGACAAUGGCCAUAUCGACGUCUCCAGAAACCCAUACCAACUUCUCCAUUCCGCGAAAUGAUAACCCAAGCAGCCCAAACGCGAUGCUAAACACUCCGAAUCCGUAUCUGAACCCGCAGGCCGCUGACAUCUUCUCCCUCGGCUGCGUCAUCCUGGACUUGAUGAGCUUCCUUGUUAAGAAGACAACAAAGAGUUUCUCGGCCCAUCGGGCUGCCAAGCACAAGACCCCGGGUCGCGGUGGCGCGGUACUGGACUCGUCCUUCCACAAGAACCUAGGGCAGGUCGAAUCGUGGAUGUCGACACUGGCCAAGGAGGCGUCCAAGAAGGUCUCUUCAUCCGACGGCGGUUAUGUGUUUCGAGGCAUCGUACCAUUGAUGCAUAUCGUCGCCCGCAUGCUAUCCGCAAACCCCCUCGAUCGUCCCUCGGCGGCCGAGGUGCAGACCCAGGUCUACCAGAUCCUGACCAAGUACUGCGACAUAACAGAACCUCACUGCGUGCACCAGUAUGGAGGAUGGGACUUCGGCAUGUCAAACUUGCGCAUACAGACGGAAAGUCCCAACAUGGAGCUCGUGCCACAGCCGACCCGGCAAAACUCCGUGUCCCAGCCGUCGAGGCGUGAUAGCGAAAGCCUGAGCGGAAGCAUCAGCCCGAGAGGGCUAUCCCAUUCGAGGACGAACAGUAGCGGCGGCAUGUCGAACAACAGCGGAGUCAGUAGUGCGGCCAGCAGCGAGCGAGACCAAGAACGGGAUCUUGCGACCGGGUUCACAGCCAUCCGGAACAUCCGGGUACCCCCGGCGCGGUCGCCAGGGCCGCCGUGGGACUCGGGCCCCGCUGUACGAGGCGGACGCGGCGACCGAGCUCCGGUUUACUGAGCCCGACCCCGCCC